GCCAAGUCUGCAACGUUCCAGGUGGGGCCACCACAAACUAGCCCAAGGAACCGAGUCCCACCACUGGAUGGCUCCGAGUGGAAAGGCUUGCCCAUGGGAACUGCGGUCCUUAAGGGAGUGGUGGGACGGUUGCACGAUGCCUGGCAAAUGCGCGCUCCUCCUCUUGUCUCUGCAGCCAAGUCCUCUCCCCCGCUGACCAGCCCCGUGGCCCGCCCCAAGACGCAGAACCCGCCUACGCUGACCAUGGUGAUGGAGGCAGUGAAGACCCUGGAUGAGCCCAAGGGGGUCUCUGUCGUGGCCAUAAAGCGCUACAUCCUGGGCAGCUACCCCGGGGUGGACCCCAUCCGCCUGAAGUACGCCUUGAAGGUGGCCCUGGCCAAAGGCCUGGAAAGGGGCUCUCUCAUCCGGCCACGAAAUUCUUCCGCACUGGGUGCCACAGGGAGAUUCAAGCUGGGCCCAGAGGAAGCCAAGGAAAAGAAGAGGCAGGAAAAGCAUUCAGAUUCGGAUGGAAAAACAGCACCCAAACCCAAGAAAGCGGCCAAGAAUCCCAAGGCUAAGGUUCCUGUGGAGAAACCGAGGCAGGGAGCAAUCACAGAAGGGGAGGAGGAGGAGGCGGCUCCCAGCAAGAGUAUCAAGGCGAAAGCUAGCAAGCAUCCAGGCAAACCUCCUACGAAGCCCAAGGCGAAGAAGCCCCCCGGGGGGGAGAAAGUGGCCCAAAUCUCCAAGAAACAAAGCUCUUCCAAGGCCCUCCCAGCAAACACACCCAGUGCCCCACAGGAAGCUGUGUCUAAGGAAAGCAAGACGGGGGGCCGAGGACGAGGGGCCCCCCAGGCAGAGGCCAAGGCACCUACAGCGGCCAAGAAAACCAAAGAGGCAAAGGGGGAGAAAGCCAAGGUUGACCAGGAGUCCAAACCCCCCAGAGUCAAAGGGGGGAAGAAGGGGGAGGGCAAGGGGAGGGAGGGGGAGAAUCCAGCCAGUCGGGGCCCCAAGGAGGCCUGA